GGACAAAGAGACGCCGAGUGACUCGUGCCGACCGUUUGGAUAUCGACGGCAAAGUUUGGAUAUCGUUGCAAGAUCUAGAGCGGAUCUCCACGUUUAGGAUACAGACCACAACGCUUUGGACGUGUCUUUAAAAAAGAGAAAAAUCAGAGACUUUAUGGACUUGACUUCGAACACUUUAAACAUUUUGUGACAUAUUGGAUUUAAAACAUUUCGGAUACUGGAUACCUGUGUUGAUUUGUCCACAGAGCUGGUCGCUUUUUAAAAUCACAUGGGUAAGUGACUAUUAUAAAUUGUUUUGCUGUUGUUUUAAACUUAUGUUCUAAAUACCUAUUUGUUUUAUUUUUCAUCGUUUAUAUAAUCCGUUUUUAUACUCAUUUGUAGAGUUUUUUCGCUGUUUUAUAUAUUUUGUUUGUUUUUGAUAUCUUGUUUUUAUAUUUUUUGGUUUAGUUUUAUUGUGUUUACGUUGUUUGAUUAUUUGAAUAUUUUGGGUUUUCACUGUGAUUCUGAAUAUUGUGGUAGAAAUGGCCCAAAAACGUUAUUCCGACUCUGGUUGUGACCAGGCGAAUAAAAUUAUAAGGCGCAAUGAAUCCGCGUUUGAUAUAAUUGAUUACCAAUUGGGGAUGCAAAUACUAAUAGAAACUGUCAGAGCCAUGAAUGGAAAUCAAAGUAAUGUAGACGGAUUCGCAGACUUGAUAAGUAUGGUCGAUCCUCGUUCACAGCCCCCUCCAGAGCCGAGUAUGGUCUUAGAUCCUGAUGUUUUAAAUACGCAUCAGGUUUUUGAGAUUCCAGAAGAUGGUUUUAUAAAUCAACAGAUUGAACCUGGAACUUCAGAUACUGCUUUUAUCAAUAAUCAAAUUGAACCACAGGUUCCAGGUUCUGAUCUAAACGAUCAGCAGGUUCUCGAUGGGGCAUCCGAGAAUUUACAUGUUCAACACGGUGGUGAGGGGUCGGACGACCCCCAUCAUAAUUCUGAAAUGGCUGAUAUGGGUCUAACCCCCGACGAUGUUGAGAGGCUUGUGAGAGACGGAGGUGAAUUUAAUGGCUACACCAUCGUUCCUCGUACAAGAUUUAACAGUCUGGAAAUACUUAGGAGUUUAAAUCUGAGGUCAAUAGCUUCUACAGAUAUGGCAUCGUACGUUCUAUUUCUGGAUGGUGUUCUGAAUGAAAUAGUCUCAAUAUCUAGAAUAUUUGCGGGCGAUGGGGGAGUAAUACAUGUAUUAUUAAGUGGAGAAACUUUAACAUCCGACGUAAAUGCGUUGCUUACCGCCGCCAACGAUUAUAGCGUCUCCGCGUUCACAGAUCAGCUUGAAAAUAUCAUGCAGAGCAACGCAGACGUGUGCGUUGAUGACAAUCUAAUGUUAAAGGUGUCUAUUGUCAGAAGCAAAAACGGCGGCGCUCGCAGAAAAUUCCGUGAUCUAGCACACAACGAGGUUAUAAAAAGAAAUAGAAUGAAUCUUUUUUUGCCCUACUAA